AAUGAAAUACACUAAGAUUACCCAAGUAUUUUCGUCACUCAGGAUAAUGGUCCUAAGUUUUCUUGCCUCCCCUUGCCAGCCACUUGUCAACCCAGCGCAGCCUUGUGUGAUAUUAACCGCCCAGUUCUCCCCAGAUCUUUUGCGCCCAACAUCGCGAGUUUUUAUUAGCAACGACUUCAUAAUUUUGCCAGUCAUGUCUUUAGCACCGAGCUCCCCUAGGCUUCCAAGCCCUCCGCCAGCUGCAGAGAUUCAAAUGGCACCCAUGUCUCCUUCUGGCGGACCUGCAGCCAGUCUUCAUACGACACCCCAGGAGCAAUCGCAGCUUGAAGCCAGCUCUAGACGGCGGAUACACCCAGGAACAAAAGCAGCAGAUAUGGCUGCUGGACCUCCUUUGAUACCACUACAAGAGCUCGACUCUGCAUUUCAACUCCAAGAACACCUAGCCGCCCUCCACUGCUACCAUACCUCCUCCAACACCCAACCGAUCACCCGUGGCACCGCGCUACAGCUCGCGACACCUCCCAAUGGCGUCGACCGGACUAUCUGGCUCUAUGAGCUCUGCCGCUUCCUCAUCUCGCAGUGCAACUCCUUGAUUGUUGGCUUCCUCUUCGACACCCCGCCAUGCAGUGCGAACACGUGCCCUGAAAUGCGCGCUUCCGAAUGGCAGUUCCUCUGCGCUGUGCACGAACAGCCCAAGAGCUGCUGCGCCAUCGACUACUGCUGUCACACCCUGGACUGGGCUGCCAACGUUGUGACCGACCAGAAGAUCUUCCCCAGCCGCUUUGUCGUCCAUAAUGACAACCACAGUAAGAAUGUGGGUGUCAAGAAUCUCGUCAAUGUGUUCCGCAGGUUGCAUCGCAUAUUCGCCCAUGCCUGGUUUCAGCAUCGUGGUGUGUUUUGGUCUGUAGAGGCCGAGACAGGACUGUACGUCCUGUUCAAGACUGUAUGCGACUUGUAUGAUCUGCUGCCUGCUGAGAACUACAAGUUGCCUCCCGAGGCGGAGGGACUCGAGGCACCCCAUACUGAACAGGAGCCCGAGAAACCUCCUCCCACCAUUCUCAAGCCUUCAUCUCAUCAACGAGGUCCUCCUGCCGAAGAAGACAACAUGCAUCCAACAAGAACGAAUACUCGACGACACAUUCGAAGUAGUCCUUCGACGGGAAGUGCUGUAACAACUGUUAUUGAAGCCGAGGAGGAGGAACCCGCUGGAGUUUCCAGGAAACUAAAGGAUAUGCACCUGACCGCUCCCUCACCCGUGGAGGAGGAGCCAGAAGUGGCCGAUGUCCCUGUUAUUGUUGAGCAAUCAGUCAUGGGAGAAUCCGGAGCACAGUCCCACAGUCCCCCAGCUGAGAAGGAAGAAGAUGACGACGAUGAUGACGACGAUGAAGACGAAGAAAUUGACGAUGAUGCCGACCAGACAGUUGUUGGAUCUGUUUCAGGACAAGAUUCUGCAAACGACGAUGACACUCAAACGGAUGAACAUGAGCCAGCUGCGGACUCUCUUGAGUCAGCGCAAUCUACAGAUACGGGCUUUGCAGAGGACGAGCCGACAAGGGAAAACGCCUCUGUAGACUCAGCACCAGAUGCGGAUGCCCCUGAAUCCUCAGAGGCCAAGGACAAAUCCUCAGAGGAUGCGGCAAAGGCCAUAGAUACCAAGUCAGAUGACGAACCCAAAACGGAUGAGAAGUAAUAGACGGAUCAAGGUGAUAUCCAUUUGAUUUCAUAUCUUGUCUUUCAGGAUAUGGUAGUAUAGCAUGGCAGAGUCACCUGCCCACUGUAUAAUAAUACAAUUGACCACACAGUCAUCCUCAGUAGUCAAUACAUAAUCAACCUGACGGUGCCAGUACCACCGUCAAAAUGCCUGUUGAAACACCCAAUCUUCCAGUAAAUCCUCCACGUGCCAGC